AUGGAUGAUCUGUCAAUUCAAAUUGAGAUGAAGAACUUAGGUGAGGUUGAAUGUUUUCUUGGUUUGGAAGUGGAGAAAAUCAGCCAAGGGUACUUUAUAUGUCAAAGAAGAUAUGCUAAGAAUUUGUUGAAACAUUUUAGUAUGGGGGAGGCAAAAGAAAUGGCAACUCCAAUGGAGAUAAAUCUUAAGAUGGAGAAAGAUGAAGGUAAGUUGUUGAAGGAUGCUAGGUCAUUUCGACAACUUGUUGGUAGUUUAAUUUACUUAACUAUCACAAGGCCGGAAAUUGCAUUUUCUGUUAGUGGUGUUUCUCAAUUUAUGCAGGAUCCAAGAACUCCUUAUGUAGAGGCAGCAAAAAGGAUUCUACGUUACAUAAAAUGUUCAGUUGAUUAUGGUCUUAUGUAUGAGAAAGGGACUGAUUUUGUGUUGCAAGGAUUUACAGGCGCAGAUUGGGCAGGUGAUACGGAUCGUUGUUGUUCAACUUCAGGGUAUUGUUUCAACCUUGGAUCUGCGGUUGUUUCUUGGUGUAGCAAGAAGCAAUCCACUGUUGUUUAA